AUGUUUCAAAAAAUAUCGAUUUUUCUACUAGUUGUUGUCUUGAUUUCCAAUGUUUUGGUGAGUUUUUUUUUGAAAAUUCGGGAUUUUCUUGAAAUCUGGAGCUCCGAAAAUGCUCCAAAUUUGAAUUUUUCUCAAAAAUCUGCCUUUUGGGGUGUCCAGAAGCCCCAAAUUUGAGUUUCAGAGCUCUCGGAGCUCCCAAAAUGCUCCAAAACUCAAAUUUUCUCAAACCUAGGCUUGUGGGGUGUCAAAAUGCUCCAAAAAUCCAAAAAAUCUCGAGUUCCAGAGCUCUCAGAGCCCCCAAAAUGCUCCAAAACCAAAUUUUCUCAAACCUAGGCUUGUGGGGUGUCAAAAUGCUCCAAAAAUCGAAAAAUCUCGAGUUCCAGAGCUCGCGGAGCUCCCAAAAUGCUCCAAAACCAAUUUUUCUCAAACCUAGGCUUGUGGGGUGUCAAAAUGCUCCAAAUUUCCAGGCGGACAUGUACGACGACGAUUCGGGCCCAAUUUCCGAAGAUUUCGACACCCAAAUUUGCGGCAAAAAUGAAGUUUGGAUGAUUUGCUCGUCGUGUGAGCAGCAAUGUGGCUCGGAGCCAAACAUGGCGUGCCCAAAAGUGUGCCAGCCGGCUCGUUGUCAAUGUCCAGCACAUAAAGGAUAUAAGCGAGAUGAACAAGGAAAUUGCGUAUUUUGCCACGUGGAAAAAUAG